AUGGAGCAAAUUGUUUCUCGAAAGAAGACUCCCAGAAACUUUAACAAGAAGAAUAAAGAAAAAAUGUCUACGAUCGCCAUUAGCGACCUGGAUCCGAUUGAAAUUCCUCAUCACUUUAACCUCACUCACUGUCCACCUGCCGAGUUCGAACUUUCUCCCAGAAAGACGGAAAAGGUCUCGCUCCCUCCUCAUCUAAACUCUAUCCUCGCAAACUAUGACAUCGCAACCGGCGGCUCAACUAGAAGCGAGGCAUUAAUAAGAUCUCGUAUCAAUGUGAUUAUCUUGACAACUUUGGCCAAGAUGAUGCGCGAGUUUGCUCCGAAGCCCCAUACCCCCGUUGCGUCAGCUUCCUCUACUGCACCUUCCGUAUCACUCAAGUCUGUUCACCUGCAAUUUGAACGCAAGAUAAAAUUCAAUUGGAAAAGCCAGAAUCGACUAGUGAAACUUUUCGGCAUCGUUGAUUACUCACUUUCAUAUGGCAUGCCUAAUAAACAUGCGACCAAUGUGGCUAUGGUUGAAGUGGAAAGACCGCACUUGCUUAAAAGCGGCAUGUUACAUUGUCUCGCGUAUAUGGCGAUGAUACACGAAACAAGAAAGCAGUCCAAGAUCAGAGACAGAUCUGUGUACGGAAUCGCGACGGACGGUUACGAGUGGGUGUUUAUCCGGAUUCGCUCAAAUGGGGAGUGGAUUGAAAAGACGUAUAGCUGGGUCCAGAAUGCCCAAGAUAUUGUCUCGAUGCUGGUAAAACUUUUCGCUCGUGCUGCGGGAUUCGAUCCCCGGAGCUAUGGUAGGAAGAACUCAACUUCGUCGACAUAA